GUGCACUGAGCUAACGACGCGUUUCGAGUCUCUUUUGUCAGUUAAUCACUCGAAAGCCCUUGGACACUGACAGUCGCCUCGACUUAUCGUGUUGUAAGGGCCAGGCUGAUACGUGCAGCUUUUCACGCCGAAUACUCGUUUUUGAUAUUCUCCGGACACUAUAAAAGCCAAUUCCAUCAGCGCUAUCUAUUACAUGACAAUCCUGCUUGCGACAUAUUUCCAAGAGUUCCAGCUUAGAUACGGGACACUGCGUAUCCUCCUGCUCCUUUUUAUGCUGACGAGCUUUGUCCCUCUAUAUUCCAAUUCAGCACAACAGUCAUCGAAUUUCUUCGUUGAGGGUAUGGCCAUUGGUCUAGGUACUAAUAAUGCCAACAACACUGCAACGAUUCACCCACCAUAUACCUUGAAGCCACCCCAAACACCUCUUGAUGUGGAUGACUACCCAGUUGCGCCGGAAGAGCUGGAAUUGGCACAGGUGCACGUAUACGUGAGACAUGGUGAACGUACACCAGUUGGUGUUCGUAUGUCUGAACCUCCUGGCUCUAUUCCAGAAAAUUGGAUUAUGUGUCGAGACGCGAAUGAGUUUGGGUCGGCAAUGGCUGCCAAUUUGACCUCCAUUCAAUCCGGCCUCGAUGUACCGAAGAAUGCCAGGAGAGCAGUGGAAAGGAGAGAUGGUACAAGCACCUUGGGACUUUGUCUUUUGGGACAGUUGACAGACCUCGGAAGGCAGUCUACAUUUGACUACGGCGCAGCUUUGAGAAAAUUGUAUGUGGAAAGGCUGCAUUUCUUACCUGAUACGCUUGAGCGAGAAGAAGAGGUUUAUUUCCGGUCUACGAAUGUACCACGCACCAUCGAGUCUCUUCAACAAAUUAAACACGGAUUAUAUCCCGAAUUAAAGUAUGCUGCUCAUGCUGCUCCAUCCAUCUUAAUACGUAAUGGUCUGGAUGAUAACUUAAUUGGGAAUACGUAUGCCUGUAAAAGAUUACAAAUACUGCAACUUGGAUUUGCUCGAGCUGCUGCUGCUGCUAUAAAUCCCACUCUCGAGCCGUUAAACGGCAAACUCUCCAAGUAUAUAAAUGGUAACCCUGUACUUUUAGACGGUCAACCAAAAGCUUCGGGUAUUCUAGACACUAUCCGUGCCGCAACCGCACAUGGCGUGCCAGUCCCACCGGAAUUUAUGGAAGAUGAUGUGAUGGAUUUACUUGAGAAAAGUGUAGCCACUGAGUGGUUUGAAGAUAAGACAGAAGAAGUCCGCCGACUAGGGAUGGGGCCCCUUCUCAGUGAUCUCAUGAAGAAGAUACAGCGAAAAGUGGAUCCGGAAUCCCACGAUAUGAUGAAGAUUCUUGUGCAUAGUACACACGAUUCUACACUGGCAGCACUUUUGGCUACAUUGGAUGCUUACGAUGGCAGAUGGCCGCCGUUCACAUCGUCAGUCACAUUCGAACUGUUCAAAUUGCGAGAGGCGCGUAGUCGAGGGACCAUGUUUCAAAACGUCUUCAGUGGACUAUGGAAGUCGACACCAAAUAUAAAUGACUAUUAUAUCAGAGCGCGUUAUAAGAACAAGAAUCUCAUGCUUCCGUUGUGCGCAGAUGAGGGGAAACACUUAUCCGGCUUCCCCGAAUUCUGUACACUAUCUGCGUUUCAGAAACGUGUGGAAGAAUUGACUCCGCGGGAUUGGGAAUCCGAGUGUUCGCACCGGGGAAAUAAAACUACUAAUCGUUGACCUGGUUUUUAAAGGUGAUUAUACUGACUCAACCGUAGAAUAUAAUGACGAUACUAUGGAUACUUAGGGAGUAGUCUACAGUUGGAGUAUAAUAAAUUAUUGAGGAUUUUGGCCAACUUACUGCACAGGAUUGUACCGGUAGGCUAGGCUAGCUAGUAUGAC